AUGUCCACUUCCGAUCCAGCACCCGCCAAAGGCGGCAAGCAGACAGUUGUCAAACCAGAGAGACCCGACGAGGAGAAAUUCAAGGCGGAAGAAGCCAAGCUCGAGAAGGCUCUCAAGGAAGCACAGGACAAAACUGUCAGUAUCCAAGAGAAACUAAACAACCGCUCCAGCAACAAGGAUUCCCCGACAGCUAAACGUCUCCAAGAGAUCAAGGCGGAACAAGAUGAGAUCAAAGCCAAGCAGGCGGGAAGCAAGAACUCCUUUGCACAGGUCCAAGAGCGCAGAAAGAAGAUUGACGAGCAAGUCAAGUCUCGCAUUGCCGAACUAAAUGCUGCCAAGGGUAAAUUGAGCUUCAAGUCGGUGGAAGAAAUUGAUCGGGAAAUCCAACGUCUUCAGAAACAAGUCGACACUGGCACCAUGAAGCUUGUCGAGGAAAAGAAGAAUCUCAAUGAGAUUACGAAUCUAAACAAACAACGCAAGAAUUUCGCCGGAUUCGAACAACAACAAAAGGCCAUUGACGACUUGAAGGCUCAAAGCGCAGAACAAAGCAAGCAACUGAACGACCCCGAGCGCAAAGCACUCAACGAUCGCUUCACUGCGCUGAAGAACGAAGCCGACGAGCUAUAUGGGCAGUCUCGUUCCGCCCAGAAGGAUCAGAAUGCUAUUUGGGAAGAGAGGAACAAAGCGAGGACUGUCCAGAAUGAGAAAUUCGCUGCGCUAAGAAAACUUCGUGACGAGUACCACGGCGCCCUGAGAGAAGCAAAGAAUUACGAGCGCGAAGCACGUAAGAUCAGGAACGAAAAGUACAAGGCUGAGCAGGAUGCCUACCAUGCUCAGAAGAGAAAGCAAAACGCCGCCACCAAGCUAGAGGAAGCAAGUGCUCCAGCGUACUCGAACGAGAUCAUCAUCGCCGAAGGUCUCAUUCGUUACUUCGACCCAUCAGCACUCCCAGCUAAGACGGAAGCUGCACCAAGCAAGUUCGCUGCUUCGGCAGGGGGUCGUGCGGUCGACACCAAAGGUUUCGAAGGCAUGAAGGUCGCGAAGAAGGAUGAUGAGGAUUACUUCCAAGGCACUGGUGGAAAGAAGGGCAAGAAAGGCAAGACAACCACUGCCGCAACCAAGUAUUCUCUCGAUAUCGGGACCAUCGAUGAGCUGGGAAAAGUUGGCGUCAAUCCUCCGUCUUCCCAAGCGGAGGUUCCUGGUGUUGUUGAGAAGCUCAAGGAGAAACUUGCGCACUGGAAGUCGGAUCAGAAACGAGCAACUGAUGAGAACAUCGCCAAGGCCCAAAAGGAAAUCGACCGUCUCGAAGCUGAGGAAGCCAAUGGAGGCAGUCGUGAUGCAGCUACGAAGCCAGCCCAAGCCAACCAGGGUGUCAACGGCAAGCCUUCUGCAGAGGCAGAACUACAGCAAGAGAAGGAUGCGGACGCAGACGUCGCCGCUGAGUUGGAGAAGGCCAAGAUCGAGGACGCCUCCGAGACCUCAUAG